ACUGUGUUCUCCCACCACAUAAAGAGGGGAUUGUUGGAAGCAGCCGACAGGCGGAGAGAUGCAGCGAGCAGUAGUCCGAGUCCCCAGUGAGCCCCUGCACCUCCGCAGACCCUGGUCCUACGCUGCUCCAUCUGGACACCAUGAGGUUUGAGGAGAUCCUGGAUGACAUCGGUGGCUUUAGUAAGUUUCAGUUUGUGCUGCUGCUCCUCCUGUGCCUGCCCCGGGCCAUCCUGUGUCUCCACUUCCUUCUGCACAACUUCAUCUCCGCCACCCCUGCUCACCGCUGCUCCCUCGGGAGCCCGGGAGAAAGGAAUGGAAGUGUGUGGGACUCCGACCCCGGGGCACUGGCCCUCAGGAUCCCCCUGCAGGACGACGGCUCCUUCAGCUCCUGCAGGGUCUAUGAUUCCCUGCUGAGCAGCAACCUCAGCCGAGCAAACAGGACUGUACCGUGUCCCGACGGCUGGAUCUACGACCAGUCAGAGUUUACUUCCACAACUUCCUCAGAGUGGGAUCUGGUGUGUAAUGACAAAAAGCUGAAUCAAGCCCUUGCGACCUAUUUCUUCCUUGGGGUCACGUUUGGGGCCAUUGUGUUUGGACAACUUUCUGACAAGUUUGGCCGUAAGUCUAUGCUCCUGGUGGCUCUAAUAUCCACCACCACGAUGGGAACCACGUCAGCCUUCUCCACCUCCUACGUCAUGUUUGCCGUCUCCAGAGCGCUCUGCGGCGCCGCUCUCAGUGGGCUGUCCAUCAUCGGUGCCGUCCUAGGUAUCGAGUGGACGGAUGUGAAGCACCGGACCUUCAGCGGGACCAUCAUGAGCUUGUCGUGGAGUGUGGGGAACAUGCUGCUGGCUCUCAUGGCCUAUUCCCUCCCAGACUGGAGACACCUGACUCUGGCAGUGACGGCCCCCUGCGUUCUGGCUAUCGUUUCCUGGUGGUGGCUACCUGAGUCAGCACGCUGGCUUCUAGCAAAUGGCAAGACAGAGGAGGCCAAGAAGUAUUUGAUCCAGUGCGCUAGAACGAACGGGAGGAAUGAAUGCACGUCCAAACUGGAGACUGAGGUUCUGGAGAAGAUAGCAGCGUCUGAGGUGACUGACAAGAAUCACACAUAUCUGGAUCUCAUCAAAACCCCUCAGCUGAGGAAGAUUACCCUCUGCUCCGGGUUGUUCUGGUUCGCCGUGGCCUUCCUGUACUACGGAAUCAGCUUCAAGAUCUCAGGUUUUGGCGUCAACAUCUACCUGACUCACUUCAUCUAUGGCGCCAUUGAAGUUCCCGCCAAAAUCCUCACCUUCUUUGUCCUGGACUGGAUCGGCCGGCGCAACGGCCAAGCGGGGUUUCUGAUCACAACCGGAGCACUGAUUGGAAUAAACACAGCCAUACCUUUAGAGUACUCAGUACUUCGUACGUGCAUCGCUGUGGUAGCGAAGGGUUUCUCUGAGGCAGCCUUUACCACGGCGUUCCUCUACUCCGCUGAACUGUACCCGACUGUCCUCAGGCAGUGUGGGAUCGGCUACACCUCGUGCAUCUGUCGGAUUGGGAGUUCCCUGGCCCCCAUGAUCAUGCUGCUGGAGGAUGUUUGGCUGCUCCUGCCCCCUCUGAUCUUUGCUGGGACGGGGAUCGUCAGCGGCGGCCUGGUCUUCCUGCUCCCAGAGACGCUCAACGUCCGUCUGCCCGAAAACAUCCUGGAUGUUGAGGAGGGAAGACACCUGCAGAGAGAUGCAGAGGAACAGAUUGAGAUGAAGCAACGGAGCGGCAGAGAUGCUGCAGCAUCGCAGGAGAAGAGAGACGGAGCAGCAGCGGAGGAGGGCAGGACUAACUCCUGA